CUCCAGUCUGCUUCUGUUGUCUCGGCGGAUUGUUGGGCGGUGGGAGAGAGAAAGGAUAUCGCGAGUAUUGGAGUUUUGGUGAGAGUUUGUGGAAGAUGGCGCCUGUUGUGACAGGGAAGUUCGGGGAGCGCCCUCAGCCACUGCGCCUAACAAGAGAAGCGAUGAGGAAUUACCUGAAGGAGCGAGGUGACCAAACUGUCAUGAUCCUGCACGCAAAAGUUGCACAGAAAUCCUACGGCAAUGAGAAAAGGUUCUUCUGCCCUCCUCCCUGCGUGUACCUGAUGGGCAGCGGCUGGAAGAAAAAGAAGGAGCAGAUGGAGCGGGACGGCUGCUCCGAGCAGGAGUCGCAGCCCUGCGCCUUCAUCGGCAUCGGCAACAGCGACCAAGAAAUGCAACAGCUUAAUUUAGAGGGAAAGAACUAUUGCACAGCCAAAACCUUGUACAUAUCCGACUCCGACAAGAGAAAGCACUUCAUGUUGUCCGUCAAGAUGUUCUACGGCAACAGCGCUGACAUCGGUGUCUUCCUCAGCAAGAGGAUCAAAGUCAUCUCCAAGCCCUCCAAAAAGAAGCAGUCGCUCAAAAACGCCGACUUGUGCAUUGCGUCAGGGACCAAGGUGGCACUGUUCAACCGGCUUCGGUCCCAAACGGUCAGCACGCGCUAUCUACACGUGGAGGGCGGCAACUUCCACGCCAGCUCCCAGCAGUGGGGUGCCUUUUACAUCCACCUGCUGGACGACGAGGAGUCAGAAGGAGAAGAGUUCACUGUGAGAGACGGUUACAUCCACUACGGCCAGACAGUCAAGCUGGUUUGCUCCGUCACGGGCAUGGCGCUGCCCAGACUGAUCAUCCGUAAAGUGGACAAGCAGACGGCGCUGCUGGACGCCGACGACCCCGUCUCCCAGCUCCACAAGUGUGCCUUCUACCUGAAGGACACGGAACGCAUGUACCUGUGCCUUUCCCAAGAAAGGAUCAUCCAGUUUCAAGCCACUCCAUGCCCAAAGGAACCAAACAAGGAGAUGAUCAACGACGGCGCCUCCUGGACAAUCAUCAGCACGGACAAGGCUGAAUACACCUUCUACGAGGGCAUGGGCCCCGUCCACUCGCCUGUCACCCCCGUGCCUGUGGUAGAGAGCUUACAGCUAAACGGUGGAGGCGAUGUCGCCAUGCUGGAGCUGACGGGACAGAACUUCACUCCAAAUUUGCGGGUCUGGUUCGGAGACGUUGAGGCCGAGACCAUGUACAGGUGUGCGGAGAGCAUGCUGUGCGUGGUGCCCGACAUCUCGGCCUUCCGCGAGGGCUGGCGCUGGGUGCGGCAGCCCGUCCAGGUGCCCGUCACGCUGGUCCGGAACGACGGCAUCAUCUACUCCACCACGCUGACCUUCACCUACACGCCGGAGCCGGGGCCGCGGCCGCACUGCAGCGCCGCCGGGGCCAUCCUGCGGGCCGGAAGCUCCACUCUGCUCAGCAGCAGCAGCAGCAGCAACAACAGCAGCACCCAGGAGGCCGGCCCCGGCGUCUACGGCCCCAACAGCACCUCCAACGCCGGAGUCACGUCCUCGUCCUCCGCCGCCGCGGUGGUCUCCUAACGCACACAGGGGGCCACUCGCUACUAUAUGCCUUGAGAGCAAAAUACCACAAGGUAUAUAACUGACUACGGGGGAAGUAACAAACGAAGACUCACUCUAAAGUGCUGCGUGUUCAUUUUGGAUACAAAGAAGCUGAAAUUUUGGCGGGAGAGAAAAGGAGCAAACGCAGGGGGGGAAUCCGAUGGGAGGAGUGACAUCACAGCGCUGUCAGCCAAUGGGAAUCCUUGACCACCCCCCCCACCCCCACCCCCACCCCCCUUCUGUGGUUACUUUAGGGACCUGGAGUGUGGAAUGAGUGACAUUCCUGCAGGCUCGGAGCACCAGCACCUUUUCUGCGGCUGUGAGAAUGGAAACCACAACAGCAAUACAUCCACCGUGUACAAAAAAACAAAACAAAAAUCUCUUGAAAGGAACGUAUAUUUUUUGCGCCACCCCUCCUCCUCGUCCUCCUCCUCCCAACCUCCUCCCACCACUUGUUUUAUAAUUAUUCCUUUUUUUUUUUUUUCUUUGCAUUGAUUUGUGGUUUCCUGAAGGGGGGGCUGGAUGUAUUGUUGUUGGAGGGACAAAGGAUGCAGAGGGACACACAUAAAACGUGACGAUAACAUAGUUUUUAUGGACCAAGGAUCUUGUAUAAGCUUUAGUAAAGGUACAUUUUUCUCCAUACCUUUUUUUGUAUUAAACAUAUAGUACACUUUUGUUACCAAAUAGUUUCUAUUCUUCCUCUGAGCUUUGGGUUUUGUUUUCCCCCCUUUUCGAGGUCCAAAAUCCCAACCUGUAUGUUGUUGCGACCUGACGACAAAACGCCUGUUUUUCAGUCUUUGGAUUGAACUUUUUUUUUUUUUUGAUACUCUUGCUUUUUUGUUUUGUGUUUUUUUUGGGGGGGGGGGGGGGACCUCAGAGGGCCUAUGUUUUAUCAUUGGUUUUUAAUGAAGUCUUUAAAAAGAAAAGCUUUAAGCAACGCCUCUGCCUUGCCUGCAAUACUCUAUGUGCGCUAUGUCUCCUUUUUUCUUUUGGAAAGUAUACACAUCAGUACAUCUCACAUGGAGCCAUAGCAACAUUUUGCAGAAUACGUGAAAAGAAACAAAAAAACUUCCACGGUUUACGAAAAUCAAGUCUGUUUUGUUUUUUUUUCAAACUAACGUAACAAAGCGUAGUCAUUGACUUCAAGAGGAUAGCCUUAGUACUGUAUAUUCUUACCGUGUACACAGUCGCUCACAUAUCUAAUAUCCUGUACCUGUUGCUCUGCUGGUCACUGUUGGCGUAUCAUGAUGUAGAGCUGCACCUAAGCGAGGGGUCUUCCGGUGUAUGUGCUGGUGGCGUUUUUAACUCCAGCGGGGUUUUCCCAAAAAAAAGAAGAAGAGAAUUUUGAUGUGGCCUUACCGAUAACUUCAAUUACAAAAAAACAAACAAGUACUUCACCUUACGUAUAUAUCUGCUGUUUACUCACCUCGGAAGAACCUGUGAAUAGCACACAAAAACCAAGCUACCGCCUCGCUUCUCGUCACAGGAACCACCUCGUCAUGCAAAAUGCAGCCUUUCCGAAGGAUCUCUCGGCCUUCGUCUUCCUUGGUGUACAAUAAUAAGCCCGUUUUUUUUUUUUUUUUAUUCUCAUGCGGUGCCCAGCACCUUUUUUUUUUUUCUUCCCACUUUUGGUACAACGUCUCACGAGCGCCGUCGGCUCUUUUCAGCCUUUUAAAACAAAACAAAACAAACAAAAAAAAAAGGAUCUCCUGUGGUGUAUUAUCUUUGCAGAAGCUUGUGUACGUUGUUGACUCACUGUCCCGAGUAGUUGCACUCAUCUGUGUUCAUGGUGAUCGUGUCUCCUGUAGGAGUAUAAAAGGCCUUCUAAAUGUGUGUUAUUUGAAAAGAUGUGCAAGAACAGCAAUAUUGUACAGGUCAUUUCAUCGUCUUCUGUCCCGCCUGAGCACUAGUUCACCAGCCAGCAAAGUGUAUAUGUGUGUGCGCGUGUGUGUGCGCGUGUGUGUGUGCGCGCGUGUGUGUGUGUGUGUGUGUGUAACUGUCAUGUAGUUGCUGUAAUGGAAUAUCGAGUCAGACUCGCUCCAUUUCAAAAGUGUGUUCCAACUGCUCUCCCCAAAAAAACAACAAAAGAAAGUAACUUUUUAUUCACGGAGGUGUUUCUGUCUUCCACCACGGUCAAACGCUCAAAGGCAAUACUUGUGAUCUAGUAUUACAGUACGACUGUAUACACAAAAAAACCAGAACGAUACUGUAACUUGAAUGUCUGCUUAAUGAAGUGUUCCCUACAAACAAAUUUAAUAGGAACGAAAAUAGGAUUCGCUUGCACCCCCCUUCAUUGUAAAAAAAAAAAAAAACUAAAUAAAAAAAAAAAAAAAGAUUAAGUUAUGCCCCCGUUUUGCCACCUGCUCGCCCACCUGUCAGUCAUUAAUGUUAAAUGUUUUAUAUUGUAAUAUUGAUAUUUUUUAAAUUAUUGGUACAAAGUCUCCCCUUGUCUUAUGUCAACAAAAAAAAGAAAAGUGCAUUAUUGCCCGUGCUGCCUCGGGUGGCCUGGGAGUGUGUUUUUUUUAUUUUGUGUUGUUCCCGUUCAAAGAGGCCACUUCCUGUCUGUCAGCCUGAACCCUUUACUCUGCAGGAUGGAGGUCACGCAAUCUUAAACUGUAGACUUUUAAACUUUUGAGUGUUUUUUUCUACUAGCUCUAAAAAUUCAGUGAGGUUUUUUUUUUUUAAACAUCUAGCCUCACACCCCCCCCCCCCCCCCCCUCGAGCUUGGAUAUUUUUGGGUUUUUGUUUACAUGCUGAGUCACCUCUUACGGCUAAACCAACCCCUGGCUCCUCUGGAUCUCCUCACGCGAGUCUGAACAGAGCAGCUUUUGUCGCUCUUCACCAAUAAAGAAGGGGGGGGGGUGCUUUUCAAAAUGUGACAAUCUGAGCUGGUUUAUAUUCUCUCUUAAUAAAAGCGUGAUGGGAUAGGGAGGGUAACUCGAUAUCAAGCGCGCAAAGGGAACGAAUCAUCGUCAAAAGGGGUAAAAAGAAAAUGUUACACGCCUUCUUCCACAAAUAUCUUAACCGGUUUCUCUCUCUGUGUGCGUGUGUGUGUGUGUGUGUGUGGUCAUGUUUGUUCUACUCUUCCAAAAGCAGCUGUUUGUUGUGUUUUCUUUGUUUUUAUAUCAUGAGCUCUGAACAAUGUUAUGUAUCCUCUAAUAUGCCAAAUGUCUUUUUUAUAUAGCGUAGUUUUCAUGCACUGCUAAACUAAACGGGGGCCGAGUGAGAGGCAGCUUUAAACCCAUUUAAAUCAAACGGCGUGGAAGCCCCCUUCUCUGUCGCACUCAGCCUUCACUUCUCCUUCACACUAUUCGGCUGUUUGCGCUACAGAGCGCUUACCUUUUUCUUUUCCCUCUCACACAUUUCAUCCUCACUCUUCCACCCGCUCACGUUUAUGUACAUUUGGAGUUUUAACAGCCUUUUUACGCUUAGCUUUGCUACAGUUGGAUCACCCUUUUUUCAUCGUCAUAUCCUCUCCUUGUCCAUGUGCUCUCUCGAUCUCUUUCCCUCUCACUGUAUCUGUGUAUUAUUCUAGUAACUGGUAAGCAGAGGUGUCAUUGUGGUAGUGUACUCAGUGCUCGAAGGGUUGCUGAUUGGUAGGAAAACCUUGUGCCGUUUGUAACAUUUAGCAAUAACGUCAAAAACAAAAGGGGACGGUUGUUUUUUUUUUGUUUGUUUGUUUUUUUGAUAACGUACGUUAGUUUUUUGUACAUAUUGCAGCUCCAGAUCAUGCUCAAAUCUGUAUGUCAUUAAAAAGAAGAAAGAGAAAAAAAAAAACGAGAAAAAAAACUUGCAAUAUUGGCAUAAAAAUGAG